UAAUAUCUCUUUCGAGGGAAUAUUCUUUCUCCCUUACUUUUCGUUUCUUCUCUCUACAUAAGGAGGGAGAGGGAGGAAGAACAAGAAAGUAAGGAACAGGAACAAAAACGGGAAUGCCAACCACAAGAAGCAGGAAGUCCCCCCAGAAGCAAACGAAGCGAUUGAGAGCGAACCCAUCUCCUCUCUGUCUCUGACUCUCUCUAUCCUGGGAUAAAGGGUAGGAAAGGAAAAGGGAAGAAGUUUUGGAGAUGGGGAAGGGAGAGAAGAGCAAUGGGGAGGUGGAAGCCGUCGGAUCUAAGUUUCCCUUGAGCUUUCGGGAGGUGGCCACGGCUUCCACGGUCGUCUUCGGCUUCGUUCUUGGCCUUCUCUGUGUUUACCUCACCAUGCCCGCAUCGGAUUACAGCUUUCUCAAGCUCCCUCGUACGCUCGAAGACAUUCAAACCCUCCGAUAUCACCUUGAGAGCUACACAAGUGACUACACCGCUCAAGUCCUGGUUGGGUACUGCACGGUUUACAUUUUCAUGCAGACAUUCAUGAUUCCGGGUACUGUUUUCAUGUCAUUGCUGGCUGGAUCCCUUUUUGGAGUCCUCAAGGGUGUAGCUCUGGUUGUCUUUGCUGCCACUGCUGGUGCUUCUUCUUGCUUUUUCGUCUCAAAGCUUAUUGGUCGUCCCCUUCUUUUCUCUCUGUGGCCUGACAAGUUAGAGUUCUUUCAAGCCCAGGUGGCUAAAAGAAGAGAGCGGCUGUUGAACUACAUGCUUUUUCUAAGAUUGACACCAACAUUGCCAAAUACGUUUAUCAAUUUCGCUUCACCAAUUGUUGAUGUGCCAUAUCAUACAUUUUUUCUGGCAACCCUAAUCGGCCUCAUACCUGCAGCUUUUGUCACAGUGAAGGCUGGACUAACUUUGGGAGAGUUGCAAUCCAUCGGGGAUCUUUAUGACUUCCAAUCAAUUGCCAUGCUGUUCUUCAUCGGAGUUGUUUCUAUUACCCCCACGCUGGUGAGCAAGAGUAAAUCUUAACCGUCCACUGGCGGCCAGACUUGCUUAGUUUAGGUGCUUCUUCUCCUUGCAGCCACUUUAGGCUGUUAUCUACUUAAUUUCUGUACAGACUAGCGUCAAAUAAAAGCAAUAUAUGGCCGUCUAUCUGCCUGUGGACUACACUAACAAAUGCUGUAGCCACUGGAGAUGACUGUGGGGGAAGUCUCGGGGCAAAAACAAGAUUUCUGCUUUCCGUCAUGCGUGGCGGUCGGAGGUUUGGGGAUAAAAUGUUUAAAUUGAUUUUCAAAUUAAGCAUUAAUCUACAGUUCUAUCGUUAUAUGUAUAUAUUGUUGUUAGGGGAACAGUAUGUAAAGACAGUAUCUGACAUCGUAGAUUUAUCAUAGUAUUCUGUUAA